UGGCUGUAAUGACUACUUGCAGCUACCCUGAUGCAGAGGUGGAACUGUCUGUUGUUCCUUGGUGUUUAUCUCUUCCUGUCCUCACCCCUGUGAGUAAGUCUGGCUGUUCUGCUGUUGCCCUGUGUGGGAAUCUGUCUUGUCUUGCCCUUGCCUCUGUGGGGUAAGUCAGGCCAUUCUGCUGUACCUGAUGGAUGGUCCUGCCCCACCUUGGUGUGGAGUUAUAGAUGAGUCCUGGCUCUAUGUCUGUGUACUGUUCUGUCUCAUGUCAGUGUCCUGUUAAACAAUUAAACAUUUGUAACAAGGUGGAUGAAUUGAAUGUGCAGAUAGUUAUUAAUGAAUAUGAUAUAGAUGGGAUCACAGAGACAUGGCUCCAGGGUGAUCAAGGAUGGGAGCUCAACAUCCAGAGAUAUUCAAUAUUCAGGAGGGAUGGACAGGAAAGAAAAGGAGGUGGGGUAGCAUUGCUGGUCAGAGAGAAGAUUAAUGCAAUAGGAAGAAAGGACAUCAUCCUGGAGGAUGUGGAAUUGAUAUGGGUAGAGCUGCAUAACACUAAGGGGCAGAAAAUGCUGGUGGGAGUUGUAUGCAGGCCACCUAACAGUAGUACUGAGGUUGGGGAUGGCAUUAAACAGGAAAUUAGAAAUGUGUGCAAUAAAGGAACAGUAGUUAUAAUGGGUGACUUCAAUCUACAUAUAGAUUGGGUGAACCAAAUUGUUAAGGGUGCUGAGGAAGAGGAUUUCUUGGAAUGUAUGCGGGAUGGUUUUCUGAACCAACGUGCUGAGGAACCAACCAGAGAACAGGCCAUUCCAGAGUGCGUAUUGAGCAAUGAGGAAGGGUUAGUUAGCAAUCUUGUCGUGCGAGGCCCCUUGGGUAAGAGUGACCAUAAUAUGGUGGAAUUCUUCAUUAAAAUGGAGAGUAACAGAGUUAAUUCAGAAACAAAGGUUCUGAACUUAAAGAAGGGUAACUUUGAAGGUAUGAGAUGUGAAUUAGCUAAGAUAGACUGGCAAAUGAUACUUAAAGGGUUGACGGUGGAUAUGCAAUGGCAAGCAUUUAAAGAUCGCAUGGAUGAACUACAACAAUUGUUCAUCCCAGUUUGGCAAAAGAAUAAACCAGGGAAGGUAGUGCACCCGUGGCUGACAAGGGAAAUUAGGGAUAGUAUCAAGUCCAAAGAAGAAACAUAUAAAUUAGCAAAAAAGUGGCAUACCUGAGGAUGGGGAGAAAUUCAGAGACCAGCAGAGGAGGACAAAGGGCUUAAUUAGGAAAGGGAAAAAAGAUUGAGAGAAAGCUGACAGGGAGCAUAAAAACUGACUGUAAAAGCUUUUAUAGAUGUGUGAAAAGAAAAAGAUUGGUCAAGACAAAUGUAGGUCCUUUACAGUCAGAAACAGGUGAAUUGAUCAUGGGGAACAAAGACAUGGCAGACCAAUUGAAUAGCUACUUUGGUUCUGUCUUCACUAAGGAAGACAUAAAUAAUCUUCUGGAAAUAGUAAGGGACUGAGGGUCUAGUGAGAUGGAGGAACUGAGGGAAAUACAUGUUAGUAGGGAAGUGGUGUUGGGUAAAUUGAAGGGAUUAAAGGCAGAUAAAUCCCCAGGGCCAGAUAGUCUGCAUCCCAGAGUGCUUAAGAAAGUAGCCCAAGAAAUAGUGGAUGCAUUAGUGAUAAUUUUUCAAAACUCCUUAGCUUCUGGUUUAGUUCCUGAGGAUUGGAGGGUGGCUAAUGUAACCCCAUUUUUUAAAAAAGGAGGGAGAGAGAAACCGGGGAAUUAUAGACCUGUUAGUUCGACAUCGGUGGUGGGGAAAAUGCUAGAGUCAGUUAUCAAAGAUGUGAUAACAGCAGAUUUGAAAAGAGGUGAAAUCAUUGGACAAAGUCAGCAUGGAUUUGUGAAAGGAAAAUCAUGUCUGAUGAAUGUUAUCGAAUUUUUUGAAGAUGUAACUAGUAGAGUGGAUAGGGGUGAACCAGUGGAUGUGGUAUAUCUAGAUUUUCAAAAGGCCUUUGACAAGGUCCCACAAAGGAGAUUAGUGUGCAAACUUAAAACACAUGGCAUUGCGGGUAUGGUAUUGAUGUGGAUAGAGAAUUGGUUGGCAGACAGGAAACAAAGAGUGGGAGUAAAUGGGACCCUUUCAGAAUGGCAGGCAGUGACUAGUGGGGUACCGCAAGGCUCAGUGCUGGGACCCCAGUUGUUUACAAUAUAAAUGAUUUAGAUGAGGGAAUUAAAUGCAGCAUCUCCAAGUUUGCGGAUGACAUGAAACUGGGCGGCGGUGUUAGCUGUGAGGAGGAUGCUAAGAGGAUGCAGGGUGACUUGGAUAGGUUAGGUGAGUGGGCAAAUUCAUGGCAGAUGCAAUUUAAUGUGGAUAAAUGUGAGGUUAUCCACUUUGGUUGCAAGAACAAGAAAACAGUUUAUCUGAAUGGUGGCCGAUUAGGAAAAGGGGAGAUGCAACGAGACCUGGGUGUCAUUGUACACCAGUCAUAGAAGGUGGGCAUGCAGGUACAGCAGGUGGUGAAAAAGGCAAAUGAUAUGUUGGCAUUCAUAGCAAAAGGAUUUGAGUACAGGAGCAGGGAGGUUCUACUGCAGUUGUACAAGGCCUUGGUGAAACCACACCUAGAAUAUUGUGUGCAGUUUUGGUCCCCUAAUCUGAGGAAAGACAUUCUUGCCAUAGAGGGAGUACAAAGAAGGUUCACCAGAUUGAUUCCUGGGAUGGCAGGACUUUCAUAUGAAGAAAGACUGGAUCGAUUAGGCUUAUACUCAUUGGAAUUUAGAAGAUUGAGGGGGGACCUUAUUGAAACGUAUAAAAUUCUAAAGGGAUUGGACAGGCUAGAUGCAGGAAGAUUGUUUCCGAUGUUGGGGAAGUCCAGAAUGAGGGGUCACAGUUUAAGGAUAAAGGGGAACCUUUUAGAACCGAGAUGAGGAAAAACUUCUUCACACAGAGAGUGGUGAAUCUGUGGAAUUCUCUGCCACAGGAAACAGUUGAGGCCAGUUCAUUGGCUGUAUUUAAGAGGAAGUUAGAUAUGGCCCUUGUGGCUAAAGGGAUCGGGGGUAUGGAGAGAAAGCAGGUACAGGGUUCUGAGUUGGAUGAUCAGCCAUGAUCAUACUGAAUGACAUUGCAGGCUCGAAGGGCCGAAUGGCCUACUCCUGCACAUAUUUUCUAUGUUUCUAUGGGCUCCCUCUAUCUUUGAUAAGAUAAGUAUGCCCUGGACUGCUUUUUCAAAUUAGCUAGCUGCUUUAAAUGUUGUAUUAUAGAUUUUUUACAACUUUACUUAAUUUACAGUUCAGCAUCUUUUGGGGAAAAGAAGACAGCAUCCAAUUGAUGCAAGUCUGUCAGACAGGGUCCAUUGUAAGAAUCUUCCUAUGGAGUAUAAUCUGUAGCCGAACGCUUAUAGAUUUCUGAGGCCAGUGUCAGCUCUGAGCAUCUCCCAACUCUUAUUUACGUGCCAUGCUGUGAGUCUGGAAACUAAAAGCUGCACUGUACAGUUUUUCUGGAAUAGCAUAGGGUUAUAGAAAGUUUCUUGGCUUGUGUUAGCAUAACACCACCUUGGUACCACACAAUUUUGAACUUUCCAAGUGCACUUGAAAUCAACUCAAGGAAGGCAAGGACCAAGUGACAAAUAAGGGUGGCCUACAACAGCCUAGAAAUUCCAGCCCAAUAUUUUGUGGAUGAAUCACCAUCACCAGUGGAGCCAAAACAUGACUACUUCCCAGAACAGUGUUUCAAUGCCCUUUACAAACACCAGAUCUGCCAUACUGCGUGCCUCAUCAGGGAAUGUAAAAGUGUAAUUUCAUUUGAAUAGGGUACUUACUACAUAAAAGUAUAAUUGGUAAGACCUCUGAGUUAUCUAGUUGAUGUCCUUUUGACAAUGGAUCAGGAGCUAGUGACUUGUAUAAAUGUCUCUUUUAAUGCCUGGCCUGAAUAUAAUGAGCAAUAAGGCCCCUAUCAUUCUCCAAGUUUCAACUGCUGUGAGGAAGAGUAGCUAUUAAUAAGUUAUUUAUUCUUCCAUUUUAACAUUUUCUCAUGCUUUAAUUUCCAUGCCAAUUAAAACAUUAUGCUCAGGCUGAGAACGUAAACAACUUGCUAUCAAAGGUUUGCCAAAAUCAUUCCACACGAACUCACAAGCAAUCAGGUGAGAGUAGUUUCAUUAUUUAGCAUCUAAUGUUAUGUGAACCAUAGCUCAGUGGCAGCAACUGCUGAUGUUGAUGGGGGCAAGGUGUGGAUUCAAAUGUUACCACCUUCACUUGAACAUAUUUUCCAGGCUGAUAUUUUUGCUUAGUAACAAAACUAUCAUUUGAAUGUGGUGUUAUUUUGAGACUUUGCCUGUGUAGUUGAGUUGACUUAAAAUAUCCUCCAGCAUUUUUUCUGAAGAAGAACCGUGUGAUUCUUUCUGGGUUUUUUUUAGACGAUAAUUAUCAUUUUUACCUCAUUAAAACAAGGUUAUCUAGUCAAAAUAUCACUAUAAAUCAAUUAGUUGCUAUGUUUCCUACUUUACAAGAAGCAACUACAUUUAAAUUGAAUUUCAUUCUCAAUAAUGUGUUCUAGAGUUUUCCGAAAUCCAAGCCCACUGUUUUCUGUAAGGAGUUUGUACGUUCUCCUUGUGACUGUGAGGGUUUCCUCCAGGUGCUCCGGUUUCCUCCCACAGUCCAAAGACGUACUAAUAGGUCAUUGCAAAUUGUUCCAUGAUUAGGCUAGGGUUAAAUCAGGGGCUGCUGGGCAGUAUGGCUGGAAGGGCCUACUCCGCACUGAAUCUCAAUAAAUAAAUAAUAUUUUGCUUUAUUUUUUAAAAAAAACUCAAACAUGUCCUGUUUUGAUCCAAUUCAGUGCAAUGAUGUUCAAAAUAUUUGGCUUUAUCCUGUACGAGGGGUGAUUUCUAAGUUUGUGGCCUAAGUUAGAAGGAGUCAAUUCUUGAAAACCUAGCACAUUUAUUUUUCAACAUAGACCCUCCUACAUUUACACACUUAGUCUAGCGGUCGUGGAGCAUACAGAUCUUGGACCUCCAGAAAGUGUCCACAUCGGGGUGAUUGAUAAGUUUGUGGCCUAAGAUAGAAGGAGAUGAGUUAAUAACUUCAAACUUUCUGCAUAAUCACUCAAAGAAUUGACCUGCAUAUGCAUGUAACAAGAGCCGUAUUACUCAUCUCCUUCUACCUUAGGCCACAAACUCAUCAGUCACCCAUCUGUGGACACUUCCUGGAGGUCCAACAUCCGUAUGUUCCAUGACCGCUGGACUAAGUGUG